GAAUGUAUAUGUAUGUCAACAUAUUUAGAUCACAAUGUUUAGUUGUUAAUAGUUAAUCAAAUAAAAAUAAAAAGUGUAUAAAUGAAUUAAAUUUUGCGUAUAAGAAGCAAUAACGGGUAAAGUAAGAGGUAUACACUUAUACUCGUAGUGUGCAUGAACAGUGAUAAUAGCAUGCACAGGAAGUAUCCUCUAAUUGUCUACUUAAGAUGAUUCUCAUCUUAAGCCGAUAAAUUACCAAACAAGAAUAAUAUGGAACUUUUGAAGUGCUACACUUACACUUACUUACAUAUGUACCUCCAUAACCGUAUAUGAAAUGCAUAUGAAGACUUUUGUUAAAAAGCAAUACAUGUUUUAUAUACGAACUGUUUCGAUACAGGUAUGACAUUUCGUACGCGACAAUUGACGGAAAUAGUCGACAAACGGCUGCAUACGCUUUGGCGCAAAGAAUCAACCAGUACACUUGGUCGCUCUCCACGCAGUUAUACGAAUAUUUGAAUACGUGCACGACGAUUAUCUCCUUGUGUCUCAUAUCAACGUCAAAUAAUUAUGAAGGAAUGGCUCAGAAUCUCAUGCUUAUUGUGCAUAUGCGGUUUUGCACGCGAAAUUCGUCCUUCAGAGCCAUACUUAACGGAAUAUUUGAUAAGUAGCAGAGCAAAUAUAACACGGGAUGUGAUCAGCCAAAAAGUCUAUCCUGUGGUGACCUAUUCUUAUCUGUCCACACUUGUGCUAAUAUUUCUAGUCACUGAUUUUCUGAGAUACAAACCCUUGAUUAUUUUGAUGGGCUCUUGUGGCACAAUAGUAGCAUCGAUGCUACUCUGGACCACCACAUUAACUGCCUUGCAAACACUUGAAUUUUUUUACGGUCUUUAUUUGGCCUCCGAAGUGGCUUAUUACACUUAUAUUUACGCCAAAGUGGAUAAACGGUACUACCCCAAGGUCACUGCCCAUACACGAGCGGCCAUGUUCAUGGGUAAACUAGUAGGAGGCUUUUCCUCACAGCUACUCAUUAAUUUGAAGCUAAUGAAUUACAAAUCGUUGCAUUAUAUAACAUUAAGCACUCAAAUCUUUGCUACAUUGUGGGCCUUCAUUUUGCCAAACGUGGAUAAAAGUUUAUAUUUCCAUCGAAAGCAGGAUGUGCAUGUUGUGCAACCGACGGCAGUUGUUAACUCAUUAUCUAUGGAGUUACAAGAUGCAAAUUCAAUUAAAAGUCAGAGCAAAGAAAGUGUUAAACCAAUUUCACCUUUAAACUUGCUGUGGUCACAUUUCUAUAAUGCCUAUAGCAAUUUAAAGGUAGUCCAAUGGAGUAUUUGGUACGCGGUCAGUUUGUGUGGUUAUUUGCAAAUCAUCAUGUAUAUGCAAGUGUUAUGGAUUGAAAUUGAGCCGAAUAUGGAAAUUGCUUGGAAUGGUGCAGUUGAUGCCGUAUUAACAGCAAUGGCGGCUCUAAUGGCUUUGGCAGCUGGGUACAUUCAUGCUGGCAGAUUGAAACCACUUCAAAGUUUAUUAGUUUUGUCCAUUUUUGCGGCAAUGGAGGGAGGAGCUAUUUUACUUUGUUGUCGGACGUCGAAUAUAUACAUCUCUUACGUUGCCUAUACACUUUUUGGCGCCUUUUAUGCCUUUAGCAUAACUGUAGCGAGCGCUGAAGUGGCACGUUAUCUGGAAGAAGAAAGUUUUGGACUAGUAUUCGGUGUGAAUACUUUUAUAGCGCUUGUAUUUCAAACACUUUUAACAAUAACGGUGGUUUCAAACUCUGGUUUAUCUUUGAACGUACGUGGCCAGUUCACCGUGUACGCAUUUUACUUCAUCGGUGCGAGUGUUAUUUCCAUCUUAUUUGUGGCUGUAGAAUAUUUCAUUAAGAAAAUUACAGAAAAGCCCACAAAUAUAGGUCUGGAGUAGUUUUUUUGUAAUACUUAUUUAAAAAACGAUAUGCUAUAUUAGUAGCUCGAGUUUUGUAGGUGUUUUGUGAUGAUCUACACAUUUUAAUAUUUUGGGUCGUUAUCUUUGAUAUUUACAAGUUUGGAUAUAAUUGAAAGCAGUUUAAUAUUAAACAACGUAAAAGGUACGCACAAAGACACGACUAAAGAUGACUCUCCAAAUAAAGACUUUAUAAGCACGCUGUAAUAUUUGCGCACAAAGAUAAUAAAUUAUUAUGAAAUGAUAUGAUAAAUUUUAAGUCAUACUUAUGUAUGUACAUAUAUAAAUUCUCAAUGGAAUAAUUGGUGUUAUGGUGGAAUAACCAAAUAAAGACUUUAUAAUUACGAUAUAAUUAUAAUUCGUACAUAUAUACAUAGAUCCUAAUGAAAUAAUUGGUGUUAUGGUGUAAUAACCAAAUAAAGACUUUAUAAGCACGCUGCAAUAUUUGCGCACAAAGAUAAUAAAUUAUUAUAUAAGUGGCUCACAGCUUAUUUUUAUGAUAAAUUUAA